GUCGUUUUACUUUCCCCCCUAAUUCUUGCCUGUUCCCUUGAGUUCUCCAUUGUUGGGCGAUAUUACAUCUUCAGAGGCUAGAUCUCUUUACAAUCAACACCCCAGCAAAGCGACGUUAACCACCACUUUGACUGUUGGACUCGAAGCACAUUCAACAUGUCGAUCCAAGGCAGUACUACUGGCGGUUCGGUUGGAUCCACUUGCCUAACUCCAGCUUUUGCAAAUCCCCUUCUACUUCCUCGGGAACUGCUGCUCAGAAGUAUCGACUGUCUACUGCCAACCGGUAGGGCCACCACCCUUGAGUCAUGGGCCGGGACACCGCAACUCGAUCGUUCCUUGGUCGAGUCGCGGACUGUCCUUUGCAACAUCUGUCAAGUUUCUCGCCAUUUUAACGCCAUAGUCACAAGCUUCCUCUACAAGGUCAUGGUCUUGAAAAGUCGAAGGGAGCUACUUUGCUUUUUCCGUACCCUAUUAAGCGCACGACAUCUACGACCGCUGGUGUCCUCUUUGGCGUGGGUGGGCGUUCUAUCUGGCCUGGGACCGCUAUUGCAAGUAGACGAACCGACUGAGGACGAGGAGAUGGAACGGGUAAUCUCCCAGUGUUGGAGUGGAAACGAUUGGCCACCAGCUUCUGCGGAAGACGUAUUUAUUGUUCGUCGUUUGAAUCUUGAUCCCAACAAUCCUCGGACCUUUCGGGCUUUUCAAAUCCUUGGAGCUAUUCUAGGAAUGGCUUCCCAGCUUAAAGCUCUUUUCACCCUCCUUGGAUCGGUCUCGGAUGGAGUUCUUCAGAGAGGACGGAUACCUCAAUGUCCGGAACUUCUCAGCAUUGGAAGACUACUAGCUCCCGAGACAUGGAUGUAUGGGAGAUAUGAGUCGGCAAAUAUUGUCGAUCUUCCACCGAUAUUACUGCACAUCCUCCAAUCACUCCGAACGAUUACACUCGAGCCUCACUACGAGAAAAACACGCAAAUCUAUUACCCUACCUCCGUUCUUGAGCUGAUCACUCGGUCCUGUCCAUAUCUCGAACGUAUCGAAAUUAAGGGAAUCAACCACUGGAGAUUAAUGUUUUCCAAUAACACCAGGUCAGAAGAACUAAAACCGGGGUUGGUCAAUGGAAAUGCAAAAGAGUUGAUUCUUCGUCGGGCCUGGCAUCCACAGUCUAGCUUACCCGUUAUUGGGUCCGUAUUUCCCAAUCUCAGACAGUUGUAUGCUGAAUGGGAUGAUGGAUCAAACGAUACAUGGCCGGGCAGACAUUGGCCAACGGAUAGGGAUAUUUGCAAAGGACUCUCUAGACUGGAACAGACCCUCGAAGUUCUACACCUGACCACGACACCAGGAAGUUCAUGGCAACGGUCCAACUUUCCGUCCCUCUUAUCUCCAGCUCUAGGUCGGAUGAAAGCGUUGAAUCACCUUACAACCGAAACCCUCUGGCUGUUUGGCAAAACCAGCCCCUCCGCACUGGAUAUCGAGUCCCUUCUCCCACCUUUUCUAGUCAGCCUCCAUUUGGUUGACUAUUGGGGUGUUUCCGAAUGGGAGGAAUUCUAUCCUGACUUCUCUGAUGGCUCUAAUCCGCUUGAGUUUCUAACAAAAACUAUGCGAUACCUUCAUAUUGGAUGCUGCACGGUUUUAUCUGACCUCAAAGCAGUCAGAAUAACGUCUCCUUUAUUUUCCUGCUUCUUUGGUGGAGGUACUCAGUAUGGUUUAACAGUGGAUAAUUAUCCGGAAGAUGUACAGAAUUUUAUAGAUACUUUUCUACAGGUGUUUGCGGAGGCUAGUAUUGAGUUCUCUAUAGCUCUCUAUAAUGCCCUCGAAACCCAUGGCCAAUGGCCAUGGUCUCGUAUUUCUUCAUUGCCCUUAGUUAUUUAAUAUAAUUUCU